CGGAUUUAUGAUUGCCACUAUUCCUGUGAACCCUUCUACGAUCGCCUCUGGUCCCCAACUUGUUCCACACCUGUCGUCAGACCACCCACAAGCCCAGUGCUUGGGAUCGCGCCAACUCUAUCUACUCGACUAAUACUACUUGUUGUCGUCCUGGGCCCAACUUUGGUUGUCGUCAAAGUUCUAACACUUUUUGACUGAACAACCGAGACAUCACUUGUUGUCGUCGCCAUCCGACGCUCACUCUACAACUAACUCACUGAAAGGACGCUCAAGACGUCCUUUCGAAUCAUUCAUCCUGGCUGCUACUCAGACCCAUUACUACCACAGUCAUUACCACGAGCCAUUCCCUCACAGUCUAGAUCAAAUUUCUGAGCCCAACCACGACGUCUCUGAGUCUGUAGCUGUCGAACGUCGAACGUCUUCACAUCGCUCAUCUCCAUGGUCGGACUUCCGGCACUACAGCAACGAAUCGUCACGGAGAAGCCAUUUCAUGUCAGAUCGAGCUUCAGAGCAGACCCAUCACAAACCAGCUCGCCCGACUAUACAGGACGAGCGCACAAGCAACCCAGACUCGCGCGCUCCGGAGCGCGAGUCCGUCACGUCAACAAGCGCACCCGUUUCUCAUGCACAGAGCGAGUUUCGCCCGCCUCUUCGGCAUGCUCGAACAGUCGAGCUCCCGCCGCUGCCGCAGGCAUUGGGAGCCAUCGGCGGCGGCUUCUCGCCAGCUCCUCGUUCUGCUGGGGUCGCCUCCAUGUUGAACCCGGUCAAUUCAGAUGAGGUCGAAUUUGAGCGCCGGCGCAAGUAUCCGAAACUUGAUUCACCCACUGCAUCAGCGACUGCUUUGCCACCUCCGGCUAUCAGUGAGCAGUCUCAGCGAAGCGUGACUAGCAAUGCAAUCCCUCCUUCGCAACCUCCAGCGAGCAAUCUAAAUGAGCCAAACUCUCGGAGAAUACUUACUCCAAGAUCGCCUUCCAUGCAUCGCGCUGCAAGUCUUAGCCAGCUGCAUUAUUCCGCUGCCGCGAACCUCGGCGCACAGCAAGGGCAGAACUCUGGUUCGCCACACGGUCGUACAUACUCUGUCGAACCGGGUGUCGCCGGUGUGCCCGCUAUGCCAACUCCGUCCGCUGCUAUUCGACAGUCGUAUGGCUUCCCUUCCCAGAUGUCGCCGGUGAUCCGCGGUCAAGACAGCGGCGGUGCUGGCAUCGCAUCUGGCGCUGCAUCUGGGAGCACAAGCCCAACAUCAUCCUACAGUCAAGCAGGUCAUGGCUCUCCAGGUAACUAUGCAUCGGGACCGAGCUCUGCAGGACCACACGCAUCGAGGAAUGAUCCUAUGUACGCACCGCGAAGCGCAUCGUUCUCGGUGGUCGCCUCUGGUGGUUCAGCCGCUUAUCAGAUGAUGACUAUUCCAACCAGCUCUGGGCCUGUCCAGCUGCCGGUCGAUGUGCAAGCCGCUUCAAGGGUUGCCGACGACAAGCGGAAACGAAACGCAGGAGCCAGCGCCCGGUUCCGCCAGCGGCGCAAAGAAAAGGAGAAGGAAGCAUCAACCACCAUCGCCAAUCUGGAGCAGAAGCUCAAGGAAGCCGUAGAGGAAGUUGACUUCUAUGCCCGGGAAUGCAACGUUCUCUCUGCCGCGUUGCUUCAGGCGCCUGGAGGCGACCGACAUUUUCCUCGGCCGAUUUCGCCUCGCAGACUUCGUGGGAAAUCUCAUCGCUCCGCGAGCUCUGCAUUGACCCACCAUCACAGCUCGGAUACCCUGGGCGAGAGAGGCAGUUCGGAUGAAGGCCGAAAUGUCAGGCGUAGAAUCUCCAUCGCGACUCUCCCGCAGGCUCCACCUCCACAUCCUUCCACACAGCAAUCGGGUCCGCCUUACCACCCUCAGCAACAGUAUCAGGCACAUGGCUACAGUCAACCUCACGCACCACUUCCCUUGGUAUCACUGCCUCCCCUUCACUCGUCCACCAACGCGACACCAGAAGGCAGCAACAGCGGAGAGGCCGACACGGCUGCCAACUCUAGGCCUGCGCCGCCGUCUCAUGGUGGUCGCGGACUCUUACCUGCGCCCCAGCCAAGCUCACACCUUCUCCAAGCGCCGCCUCACGCCGGGCCGUGGAAUCCCUACGCUGCGGAAAGGCGGUCUGUGUCUGGUCCUGGCCCAACCCGAGACGGACGAUGAACGCUACUGCUCAUAUGUUGAUUUUUCUUUUCACGAUUUCAUGUUUCGGGACGGACGGCCUCUCCUGCGAAACACACAAGCACAUUGAACGAUGCUACAGCGAUUUUGUUAUCUGCAUAAGAUACCCAACCUCGAAUUUUCCGCCUUGAUUUCUGCUCGAAGCGCGUCUUUGUCUCAGCGCCUCGUUACUAAAGCCAUCCUAUAUUUGGCUUUCAUUUAUAAAUUGUCCUCAACUAGAUUGUCAAGUAGCGGAUCACACGAUCCUAUUCUUGUAAAGUAAUUAAUGCUUCCUCCAUAUUAUUACCCUGUACACAAUGGCCAUAUUGUUGAUAUCUAG